AUGGCGGCGGCGGCGGCGGCGACAACAACGACAAAGGGCCCGGUGCAGCUGCCGGCGCUGUGUAACUGGCGGCUGGCGGAGUUCCUGCGGCAGGUGGAUGACACGGACCUGGUGUGGCUGCGCGAGAUCCGCGAGGAGGCGGCCAGGAUGUUCAGCAGCCACUACAGCGACGAGCCGGAGCUGAUGCCCAAGACGCCGUCGCAGCGGAACCGGCAGAGGAGGAAGCGCCUGUCCGUCCUGCAAGACGAGACCCAGGAGCUGGGCAGGAAGAGAUUAUCUAGACGGCGGAAAAGCAGCAUCAAACCAGCACCCUCCAAGCGAUAUUCUCAAAGACUUCAAAAUAAAGAAAACUUAGAACUAAUCAGGGCUGUGGCUGAAGAAGUCUCCCCAUCUCAGCAACUGACAAGAUCCCAGAGGGCAACGCCUGCUAAGUGCUCAGAAGCCCCUGCUGAGUCCCUGCCUUCUAUCCAGACAGUAGAAGGGAAAAUUCCUUUAGUAGAAAUUAGUGUCAGUGAUCGCAUCAGUGCUGAGUUACACGUGCAGAAGAGUGUAUCUAAAUCAGCAGAGAAGGUCUCCACAACCAUCCUAUUGCACCCAAAUGAUGCUUCUCCAAAGGAAAGCAGUGCUGCAAAAUUGCAGCCUGUGCUUGCAGCCUCUAUGUUGGCGGUGCCUCAUACCCCUGAGGCAAAAGACACAGGAGAAAGCAGGAGUGCAUCUAAGUUGAAGAUUGCAAAUGCAGCUGAUACUACAGUCACUGUAAAUGAAGAGCAUAAGGUGGAGGAGGUAGAUGUCUCUUCUCAGGUACCAGAGCAUAAUGAGGAGCCUGAGAAGGAGCUUCCCCGAUGUAUAAGGGAUAGUCCAGGGACUCCUACAGGCUCUAGGUUGAGCCGUCGCUCGGUGCGCAGAAGUCUGAUGGGUAGGCCUUCCAUGAUUCGCAGGACCUCGUUGGCAGAGAAAUACUCACUAGCCAGCAAAAGGGAAAGUAUGAUCCGGAAAUCUGUCAGCAGGACAAUGGUUAAGAGGAAGGCAGCUCAAAAGACAUCUGUGUCCUCCAGUCGCAUGAACUGUCCUAGGUCUGGAGAAGUGCCAGUGGAUGAAGAAACAGUUUUCAAAACUGGACCUCACUCUGGACCUUGUACCCCCUCAAAGUUGAAUCUCCAAAGUCCAAGAACGUCACUUCACACUCAAAAUCUCAGCAGAAAUGAACAGCUGGAGGAGACUAACAACAAAGAAAGUAACUUAAAUAAGAAUGAAGAAACCCAGGAACCACCCCAGAGUGCCAGGAGAAAGCCAAGUUACAAAAGAGCUGUGGAUCAACGCUAUGACAAUCAGCAAGCAGAAGAUGGAGGGCUUUCUCCUCCAAGAAGAAAGACCCCAUCCCCUCCCUGUCCAGCCAGUAAAGUUGUACGUCCUUUCAAAACAUUUUUGCACACUGUGCAGAAGAACCAACUCCUUAUGACCCCAAGUUCUGUGGGGAGAAAUGGUGUAAUGAAAUCUUUUAUCAGGUACAACACUCCUCUCCAAACUGAUCCUAAGGAAAAGGAGAGGCAGAAGCUAGAGACACUGAGGAAAAAGCAAGAGGCUGAACAGCUGAGAAAACAGAAAUUGGAAGAAGAAAAGAAGCGGCGAUUAGAAGAGGCAAAGCUGAAACGUGAAGAGCGUCUGCGCAAAGUGUUACAAGCUCGGGAACGGGCAGAGCAAAUGGAGGAAGAGAGGAAAAGGCGCAUUGAGCAGAAGAUAGCUCUGUUUGAUGAAAAGACUGAGAAGGUGCGGGAAGAAAGGUUGGCAGAAGAAAAAAUCAAAAAGAAAGCAGCUGCCAAGAAAAUGGAAGACGCAGAGGCCCGACGCAGGCAUGAUGAGGAGGCCAGAAAACAAAAAGCACUGCAACAGGAGGAGGAGGAACGUCGGCACAGAGAGCUAAUGCAGAAGAAGAAGGAAGAAGAGCAGGAACGUGCCAGGAAGAUUGCUGAGCAGAGGCAAGCAGAACAAGAGAGAGAGAAGCAGCUGGCUGCAGAGAGGGAGCUGGAGAAGAAGAAGGAGCAGGAGAGGAUCCAGGCAGAAAAGCAACGUGAACAGCAGGAGAAGGCUGCUCGCCUACAGAAGGAGGUGUUGGCUGCUAAAGAACAGCUCCACAAGGAGGUGGAGAAGAAAGAACAGGAGGAGCAGUGGCUAGCAGAGAAGAAGAGGCAGGAGCAAGAAGACAAGACACUGCCAGAGGAACAAAAGACUAAAGAUGUAGCCCAAACACAGCACCUAGAAAAGAAAGAGAAUUCUCCUGUAUGCAAUUCGUACCAGAUGACUCCACAGGCCCUGAAAGGGCCUAAACCCCCCAAGAUAAAUCCAAAUAACUAUGGAAUGGAUCUGAAUAGUGAUGACUCUACAGAUGAUGAAAGCCAGCCCCGAAAGCCCAUUCCUGCCUGGGCUAGUGGGAAUCAGCUUAGUCAAGCUGUAAUCCGCCAGUACUACAACCCACCCAAUGUUGAUGCACUCUUUGGGGCGAUUGCAAGCCCUAAGCUGGAGGACAUCUUCUACAAAAGCAAACCACGCUACUUCAAGCGCACAAGCUCUGCUGUCUGGAAUUCCCCACCGUUUGCAGGUGCCAAAUCAGUUCUUGGUCUGCCGUACUGCCUGAAAAAGUACUGAGGUGGGCAGUGACUGUCUCUUGUGGAAUAGUGGCUAUGCAUUUCUGUAUCUAGGUGAGGGGAGAAAAGUUACUAUUCAGU